AUAUGAAGAAGGGGAGGAAUUAAAAAACAUUUGUCCUUCUCUCCUUCAUUUUGGGCCUCUCUCACCCAUUCCAUGCUCCCUACUCUCCACUCGUCGCCAUGCCUCUAGAUUCCCUCGAUAAAUCUCCUUCCGCCGCCGCCGCGGACGAUGACCUGCCUCCACCAACGCAACCUCCUCCGUCCCGUCGGAGGGAUAGGAGAGAUGAUAGGGAUUUUGAUCGUCCUCCUUACCGCCGCGAUUAUGGCGACCGGAGCUCGCCUCCGCCUCCGCCGUUGAGGGACCGGGACAGGGAUAGGGACUAUAAGCGGCGCCGGAGCCCUAGCUCUCCUCCGUACCGUGAGCGGCGAUAUUCUCCCCAGUCUUUUAAGCGGUCCAGGCGCGUUAGUCCUCGCGGGGGUUAUGGACCUGAUGAUAGGUUUGGAUAUGAUAACAACGGUGGAUAUGAGCGUGGGGUGGGAGGAAGAUCAGGUUAUGCUGAUGAGAAGUCUCAUGGUCGAUUUAAUCGUUCAAUGGGUGGCUAUCAUCAUGGGCCGACUGAUGCUGGAUUUAAUCGAGGGGGUUAUGCUGAUUCAUCAAACAGAGGGAAUACACAAAGAGAGGGGUUGAUGUCGUAUAAACAGUUCAUUCAGGAACUUGAAGAUGAUGUAUUACCAUCUGAAGCUGAGCGCAGAUAUCAGGAAUAUAGAUCGGAGUACAUUUCCACUCAGAAGCGGACUUUCUUUACUGCUCAUAAGGGCGAGGAGUGGUUGAAAAACAAGUAUCAUCCUACUAAUUUAGUUGGAGUCAUCGAAAGGAGAAAUGAACAUGCACGGCAGGUGGCAAAGGAUCUUUUGCUUGAUUUGCAGAGUGGAACAUUGGACUUGAAUCCUGGCGUAACGGCCUCAUCAUCAAGCAAAUUAGGACAAGCAAGCGAACCAAAUUCUGACGAUGAAGCAGCAGACGCUGGUGGGAAACGAAAGCAACAUGGUAGGGGUAGAGCUGAUGACAUUGAUUUUUCAGCUGCUCCCAAGGCCCACGCAAUCAGUUCUGAACCUAGACGAAUAGAUGCAGAUAUUAAUCAAGCCCUUGCUCUCCUACGUAAGCUUGAUGAUGAAAAAGGCAUCAAAGACCAUAUUUUAAAAAAUGUUGACUAUGAUAGUGAGAAACCUCACGGUGGUUCAGGUCAAAUAGUUAUUAUACGUGGUUUAACAUCCGUUAAAGGACUAGAAGGAACUGAGCUACUCGACACACUAAUUACAUAUCUCUGGCGUGUUCAUGGGUUAGAUUAUUAUGGCAUGGUUGAAAGUAAUGAACCAAAAGGUUUUAGGCAUGUGAGACCUGAUGGCAAGAAUCAUGGAGAAACAAAUGAAUCCGGGGCUGAGUGGGAAAAGAAACUUGACUCAUUUUGGGAAGAAAGGUUACAAGGUCAGGAUUUCUUGGAAGUGAUGUCUGCCAAGGAGAAGAUAGAAGCGGCUGCAAAUGAAGUUUUAGAUCCAUAUGUAAGAAAAAUAAGGGAUGAAAAGUAUGGAUGGAAGUAUGGCUGUGGAGCUAAGAGCUGUACAAAACUUUUCCAUGCUGCUGAGUUUGUUCAUAAACAUCUGAAGCUGAAACAUCCAGAGGUCGUGAUGGAGCUUACUUCCAAAAUGCGUGAUGAUCUAUAUUUUCAGAACUACAUGAAUGAUCCGGAUGCUCCUGGUGGAAAACCUGUCAUGCAGCAAACUUUUCAGAAGGACAGACCUCAGAAGCGUAGGCUUGGUAUCGAAAGCCGAUUAAAAGAUGAUCGUCACCUGAGAACGGUUGAUGGUGUUAAUGAUGGAGAGCGGUUUAAUAAUUCUGAGAGUUCUCCAAGCAGACAGUCGAAAGCUGGUGGUGUAGAAAUGGGGAAUCAAGACGAAUCUAUGUAUGAUGCAUAUGCUGGACAAGGGAUGGGUGCUCCUUUUGCCUCAGAUAUGCCUUCUGUAUUGAUGCCUGUACCUGGUGCUGGGCCUUUGGGACCCUUUGUUCCUGCCCCACCUGAAGUUGCAAUGCAGAUGCUAAGGGACCAGCCUUCUGUGUAUGAUGCCAGUGGUAGACAAAUGAGAUCUGGUGCUCAAAUUGGAGGACCAACACCGAUUCUUACUGUUCCUCCUUUCAGGCAGGAUCCUCGACAAAUGCGAAGUUAUCAAGAUCUUGAUGCCCCUGAUGAUGAGGUCACUGUAAUCGACUACCGAAGCUUGUAAGAUUGUGAUUAAUCAAUUGCAAAUUCUAUUUAGUAGGCUUCUUCCCCCAAAGGAAGUUUGAUCUGCAUAAAAUGAACCGUAGACCCUUAAUCUGAUUUCGGUAUUCGGUUUCGCAUUCUUUUUCUUUUUUUCCUAUCAAGGGGACAUAAGUGGAUGGCACAUGUACCAUAUUGUAGGAUGGUAGUUGUCUUAACGAUUCCUUAUAGGGGUCUCUGAUGUCAUGAUCUUCUGAUUCUAGGAUUGUCUUAACCGAAGUCUCAUGAUUUUUAAUUGUAAUUGUAAACUUUCUAAAUUGUAAGUAUAAACUAUCGCUGAAAUUAUGCUGGUUAUUCUUUCAUUGAAAAUGUCUAGAAUGUGAUUGUAUGCUA